CUAAUCUGAAAUCCAACGUGUAUAGUCGUCCCAGAGAAGUAGUAACAAUAGUAACUUUUCUUUACCAAUUUCUCAAGUUCCUAAAUUUUAUCGAAACAAAAGAAAGCAAGCACGAAGAGGAAUUGAAUUCUCCAUCAAAUUCGUCGUUGAUUUCCAAUCAGGUAAAAAAGAAUGCAGGCGUCAGCGUAUGCAGUAAAAGGAGGCAUUGGUUUUGGGGUUCAAAACCGCCCAACGCUUUUGAAGGGUUUUGGUGAAUUUGGGAAAUCAAGUUUGGGAUUUAGAAUGACAGAUAGGACCGCUUGCUGUGGUGUACGCCUCAGUUCGAUCGCUAUGGAAGCUGAGCUCACCGGUGCGAGACUGGGUGCCAGUUUCAGGUCCUCAGCCAGGCCCAGAUCAGUCAAGGCUCAGGCUUCUGGUGAUCUUGAGAAUGUUGCUUCCACUGUGCCUCAGGGCAAAUCUUCUGGAACAGUUUUGCCAUAUGUUGGUGUUGCUUGUUUGGGAGCAAUUUUAUUUGGUUACCAUCUCGGGGUGGUAAAUGGUGCUCUUGAGUACCUUGCCAAGGAUCUUGGGAUUGUCGAAAACACUGUAUUACAAGGAUGGGUUGUUAGCUCACUUCUCGCUGGUGCCACUGUUGGUUCAUUUACUGGGGGAGCAUUGGCUGACAAGUUCGGUAGAACAAGGACCUUUCAAUUAGACGCCAUACCACUGGCAAUUGGAGCAUUUCUUUGUGCCACUUCCCAGAGUGUACAAACUAUGAUAAUUGGCCGCGUACUUGCUGGCAUUGGAAUUGGUGUCACAUCUGCUAUUGUGCCACUUUACAUAUCUGAGAUCUCACCAACUGAAAUUCGUGGUGCACUUGGAUCGGUGAACCAGCUAUUUAUAUGUAUUGGGAUUCUUGCAGCAUUGGUGGCUGGAUUACCUUUAGCAGGAAACCCCAUAUGGUGGAGGACAAUGUUUGGUAUUGCAAUCAUACCCUCUCUUCUAUUGGCAUUAGGAAUGGCAUUUUCUCCAGAAAGUCCUCGGUGGCUUUUUCAGCAAGGGAAAAUUGGUGAGGCUGAAAAAAGUAUAAGAACUCUAUUUGGAAAAGAAAGAGUUGCUGAGGUUAUGCUUGAUUUAACAACAGCAGGUCAAGGUUCUGCUGAACCUGAAGCAGGGUGGUUUGAUCUGUUUAGUAGCCGCUAUUGGAAAGUUGUUAGCGUUGGUGUAGCACUUUUCUUCUUCCAACAGUUGGCUGGAAUAAAUGCUGUGGUAUAUUAUUCAACUUCUGUGUUUCGGAGUGCUGGAAUUGCCUCUGAUGUUGCAGCAAGUGCUCUUGUUGGGGCAGCUAAUGUCUUCGGCACAGCUGUUGCAUCUUCCUUGAUGGAUAAGCAAGGAAGGAGAAGUCUUCUAAUGACAAGCUUUGGUGGAAUGGCUGCUUCAAUGUUACUUCUUUCUCUGUCAUUUACUUGGAAGGCACUAACACCAUACGCAGGCACCAUUGCUGUUCUUGGGACAGUUCUCUAUGUAUUGUCCUUUUCUCUUGGUGCCGGUCCUGUGCCUGCCCUUCUUCUACCAGAGAUAUUUGCCUCUAGAAUCAGAGCAAAAGCAGUUUCUUUGUCAUUAGGCAUGCAUUGGAUUUCCAACUUCGUCAUUGGCCUCUAUUUCUUGAGCGUUGUGAACAAGUUUGGAAUCAGCUCAGUGUAUUUGGGAUUCUCAACUAUCUGUCUUCUUGCUGUCCUGUACAUAGCUGGUAAUGUUGUGGAAACAAAGGGGCGAUCGUUGGAGGAAAUAGAGCGUGCUCUUAACCCCGCAAUUUGAUGAGAAUAUCUUCCUAAGCAUGCGGUUUCAAUCUCAAUGCAGCUCAUGGAUUUUUGACCUUAGGGUUGGUGCUCUGCUUCUCCUUUUUCUGGACUGUAUUAUCUGGUGGGAUUCAAACUAGUGAACAUCGAUAGUGUAGUGUCUGUUGAGUUCAUUGUUGUGGCACUAUCAGGUUGCUGAGGCUUUGUGAGAUAAAUAAGUAUAAUUUUUGUCACUUGAUUCUUGUAUUAUGGCAUUGCAUAAAUUGAAUUCAGGAACAUUGCUUUGGAAA